UCUGUUAAUGAUGUUACAUCUAAAUAUUUUCUAUGAUUCUAGAAAAUUGUAUUUUUAUUUAAAUCCUUGUUGUGUUGUAUGUCUUUUCUGAUUGUGUAUGUCGCCUGGUGACAUGUCUCUGAGUAUUCAAAGACUAGAGAUUUAAAAAAAAUCACAUUGGCCUUCUCAUCACAUAUUUGGGGAACAUUAUUACCAUUUUGAAGCCGUGACCAUUUUCGCGGAAGGUAAAAAGAAUUUUUUUCCUUGCUGUACAUCCUAACACAGCAGUGUAGCAGUUACACAGCAGAGACCAGGGGGCACGUGAGGAGAGGCUCUGUGUUUGGUGUCCUGUUACAGAAAGAGGCAUGUCAGAGAGGGAGAGAGAGAGAGAGAGAGGAGGGAGAGGGGGGAGAGGGGGGAGAGGAGAGAGAGAGAGAGAGAGAGAGAGAGAGAGAUAGAGAGAGCACAGGAAAUGAAAGCUCUGAUCUCACCACCUGAGAAAAGCCACUUGAAGGGCACUGGAGUCACAAACACAAACACAGACAGACCUGAGCCUCAGUACAGAGGAGUUCCACUGCCUCACUGACACAAACCAAAGUCACAGCUCGUCUUAGCCUGAGUGGAUUCCACUGACUGGUCUCACAAAGUGACACAGAGAGAUGGCUGAGGCGCAUCAGGCGGUGGGCUUCCAGUUCACCGUGCGGCCUGAUGGCGUGGACCUUAAACUGAGUGAGGAGGUCAUCAAAAACAUCUACUUGUCAGGAGUGACGGCAUGGAAGAAGAGAGCCAUACAAUUCAAGAAUGGUGUGUUGGCUGGAGUCUAUCCAGCCAGCCCGUCCAGCUGGCUGAUAGUUGUGAUCGCAAUGAUGAGUUCCCUGUACAUUCGCGUAGACCCCUCUCUGGGUAUGAUUGACGCCAUCAAGGACAACCUUCCACAAAGAGACUGUAUGUCAGUGCAGACCCGGGCGGUGCUGAGUGCCAUCCUCUUUGCCACUGGACUGUGGCUGUUCCUCAUCUACCUCCUGAGAUACACACUCAAAGCUCUGCUCUCCUACCACGGCUGGAUUUUUGAGUCCCAUGGAAGAAUGAGCACAUCUACCAAAGUGUGGCUGAGCCUGGUGAAGAUGUUCUCUGGACGCAGACCGCUGCUCUACAGUUUCCAGGCCUCAUUACCCAGACUCCCUGUGCCCAGUGUGGAUGAUACAGUUCACAGGUACCUUGAGUCAGUUCGUCCUCUUCUGGACAGUGACCAGUACGACCAAAUGGAGAUUUUGGCCAAUGACUUUAAAGAUUCUAAAGCAGCUCAGCUACAAAGAUACUUAAAGCUAAAAUCCUGGUGGGCAACAAAUUAUGUGAGUGACUGGUGGGAGGAGUACAUCUACCUCAGGGGCAGGAGCCCCAUCAUGGUGAACAGUAACUUCUAUAUAAUGGACCUCCUGUACAUGACCCCAACACACCGACAGGCUGCACGCGUGGGGAAUGUGGUCCACGCCAUGCUGCAGUACAGACGCAAACUGGAACGUGGUGAACAUGCACCGCUGAGGGCCUUAGGGACCGUUCCAAUGUGUUCCUCUCAGAUGGAGAGGAUGUUUAACACCACCCGCAUCCCUGGCAUUGAAACAGAUAUUGUGCAGCACCUGACUGACCGUAAGCACCUGGUCGUCUAUCACAGGGGCCGCUUCUUCAAAGUGUGGCUGUACACUGGAGGGCGCCACCUUUUACCCAGUGAACUUGAGACACAGUUUCAGAGGAUCCUCAAUGAUACAACAGAGCCUGAGCCAGGAGAGCUCAAAUUGGCUGCCCUGACUGCAGGAAACAGAGUUCCAUGGGCUCGGGCUCGGAUUAAAUAUUUCAGCCAGGGGGUAAACAGAGUGUCCCUGGAUGCCAUAGAGUCAGCUGCCUUCUUCCUGGCACUGGACGAUGAGCCGCAGGGUUAUGACCCAGCAAAGACCAACUCACUGGACAGUUAUGCCAAGUCCCUGCUGCAUGGAAAAUGUUACGACAGGUGGUUCGACAAAUCCUUUACCUUGAUCUCUUACCCAAAUGGAAAAAUGGGUAUAAAUGCUGAACAUUCGUGGGCAGAUGCACCGAUCGUAGGGCAUAUGUGGGAGUAUGUCCUCGCAACGGAUUGCUUCCACCUGGGCUACACAGAGGAGGGACACUGUAAAGGUGACGUGAACAAGAACCUGCCCCAUCCCACUCGACUACAGUGGAGGAUUCCAAAGGAGUGUCAAGAAGUCAUCGAGACGUCAUACCUGUUAGCCAAGCAGAUAGCUGAUGACGUGGACUUCUGUGGUCAUCUGUUCAGUGAGUUUGGGAAAGGCCUGAUCAAGAAGUGCAGGACCAGCCCUGAUGCCUUCAUUCAGCUCGCCCUGCAGCUGGCACAGUUCAGGGAUCAGGGAGUGUUUUGUCUGACGUACGAGUCAUCAAUGACCCGCAUGUUCAGGGACGGUAGGACGGAGACCGUGCGCUCUUGCACCUUUGAGGCGGUGUCAUUUGUCAGAGCAAUGGAAGACAAAGGUGUAACAAACACCCAGAGACUUGCCCUGUUUCGGAAGGCGGCUGAUAAACACCAGAACAUGUACCGUCUGGCCAUGACCGGUUCUGGCAUCGACCGGCACCUCUUCUGUCUCUACUUCGUGUCCAAAUACCUUGGUGUUGACUCUCCAUUUCUUAAAAAGGUGCUUUCAGAGACAUGGAGGUUGUCCACCAGUCAGACUCCACAGCAGCAGCUCAAUUUAGUUGACAUCAACAAGUUCCCUCAAUACGUGGGUGCUGGCGGUGGAUUUGGACCAGUGGCUGACGAUGGUUAUGGUGUGUCUUAUAUCAUUGUUGGGGAGAACCUCAUCACAUUCCAUAUUUCUAGCAAGUUCUCCAGCCCUGACACAGACUCAAACCGGUUUGGUCAGAACAUUCGGAAGGCCAUGCUCGAUAUCCAGGGACUCUUCAAGCCAGAAAAUGAUAAGAAGAUGGUGGAGGGUGGAAAGCAUGCACAGCUGGAAAAUGGUAAAAAGCACAUAUAACCGACUGUGGGAUGGAUUCACCUGAGAGUCCGUCUUUGACACGCUUCAUUCAUAUGCACAAAGAAAGUUCAGGUUACACUUAAUAUCUUUCUGAUUUUCUGGAGGGUCAUAUUAUUGGACCACUCAGUGAGAAAAUAGGAACAGUUGGUAAACUAUUUAUUUUUAUUUAUAUUGUACAAAAUUUUGUUUUGCAACCAUUGCUGGAGAUGAAUAAACCAGAUUUCUCCAGGUAAUGCAGGAUUGUAUCUAAAUGUAAUGUAAUAAAUCUUUAUAUAUUA